AUGGUCACUCCGUCCAACAUGAUGACAGACCCGACCAAGCAGUAUGAGUUUCCAGCGAUGGAUACUGAUCUGGUGGAAGAUCUCGACGUUCCUCCCGUUCGUACCAAGGAGCGCAUAGACUGGGAUCUCGCACCAUUCCCCGACACAACAGUGAUCAACGACAAGCCCGCACCAGUAACCGAAUCAACCCCAAUGGAGCUCUUGCUAGAACACGAAGCACUCAACAAUCUCAUCCUACUCGACCGGCAAGACACUACCGAUGAAACCAGCGACAACGCGCUGGAAAUUCUAUGA